GACCAGGCGUCGCGACUGAUCUUUAGGGCGUAUUCAUUACGCAUAUUAUGUUGCAAAACGGUUCUUAAACAGAAGCAAACUGAAUUAAACGGGGCCAAACAACCUGCAUUUGUCCAAUAGCAACUAUUGUUUUCGUUGCAAAACGCACCUGUUUUGACUGACGAUUACCCUGGACUGUAAAAGACUGGGGACGCACUGCAACUCCAACAAGCGAGUUCAAAGCACAUCAAAUUUCAGAUGCAAAACUGGGCAAGCCACGACUCAUAUCAUGGUAUAGAAUGAGGUUGCAUUGACCCUGCUAGUACUAGCCCAGUAGCCUAACAUCGAGGUGGAGGCUGGGUCACAGUGAUCAGUAACCCGGCUAGGAGGCUCGACUCCAGGCUAGGAGUCAGUAACCCGGCUAGGAGGCUCGACGCCAGCCUGCCAGCGGAGGGAGGGGGCCUGGUCCUGGAAUGGCCUGGUGAGCUGCACCGCCUAGCAGCAGAGGAAGGUUUGUGAUGAGCGGGAAGAGCCUGCUGUUAAAGGUGAUCCUGCUGGGGGACGGCGGCGUGGGAAAGUCUUCCUUAAUGAACCGCUACGUCACAGACCGCUUCGACUCCCAGUCCUUCCACACCAUCGGGGUCGAGUUCCUCAACAGAGACCUGGAGGUGGACGGGCGCCUGGUGACCCUUCAGAUCUGGGACACGGCAGGUCAGGAGCGCUUCAAGUCCCUGAGGACGCCGUUCUACCGUGGCGCCGACUGCUGCCUCCUCACCUUCGCUGUAGACGACCAGCACAGCUUCCAGAACCUGGCCAGCUGGAAGAAAGAGUUCAUGUGUUACUCUGACGUACGAGACCCAGAGAGGUUCCCCUUCGUUGUCCUGGGCAACAAGGUGGACAAAGAGGGGAGGGAGGUGGGGGAGGACGAAGCUCAGGCCUGGUGCGAGGAGAACGGCUGUUGUCCAUACAUCGAGACCAGUGCAAAGGACGAUACGAACGUGGGAGUGGCGUUUGAGGCAGCGGUACUGGAGGUUCUGGCAGCGGAGGAUCAGAUCGACCACACAUUGUUGAGUAGCACUAUCGAUCUCCACGGCAACCGUAAAGUACCGCGCUCUUCUUGCUGCUGAUUGGUUGAAAGGAUUGGUCGGAGCUAGCCCCUCCCUGAGUUCUCUCUGUCUAGCCUAUAGCACUCUGGGAGCUCUCCACUGAUGAUGAUGCAGGUACAAGCUACUGAGACAACUUGAUUAUCAACACCGCUGAUUUUAAAUAGUGUUGUGUUGUCGGUACAGACUGAUUUGGAAGAGUAUUGGAUAAUCAAUACAUCUGAUUUUAAAUAGUGUUGUGUUGUCGGCACAGACUGAUUUGGAAGAGUAUUGGAUAAUCAAUACAUCUGAUUUUGAAAGGUUAUCAAUGAGGUACAAUGUAACAGGUACACCAUGUUGUUCAACUCUGUCUGCAUUCUGCAGUAUAUCACAACACUGCUGUCUACAUCCAGCCAGCUUCAUGUACCUGCCCUGUUCUACAUCCAGCUUCAGCUUCAUGUACCUGCCCUGUUCUACAUCCAGCUUCAGCUUCAUGUACCUGCCCUGUUCUACAUCCAGCUUCAGCUUCAUGUACCUGCCCUGUUCUACAUCCAGCUUCAGCUUCAUGUACCUGCCCUGUUCUACAUCCAGCCAGCUUCAUGUACCUGCCCUGUUCUACAUCCAGCCAGCUUCAUGUACCUGCCCUGUUCUACAUCCAGCCAGCUUCAUGUACCUGCCCUGUGAAGUGUUUUCACCAUUUACGAUUAUCCCUCCUACAUAAGUCAUUUUAAUCUGAUAAUAUUCAUGUGUCCUUUCUGUACUCCUCUCCAAGAGCACAGGCUGCUUGUGGCACAGCAACAUGCUCAUUCAUUAAUCUCUUUAAGUCUUCUAAGGUCUCAGAGGUACUCUGACCAGAACAUGACAUUCACCCUGUCAGAUCUCACAGAUACUCUGACCAGAACAUGAUUCGGACAUAGACCUGGUCUGUUGACUGACUGAUGGAAUAUAAUAUAAUAUAAUGACAUAGACCUCCAAGUGAAGCUGGCCUUUUUUCCAGUUCAGUUUAAGAGCUGACAACAUUGAUUACACACAUUACUGUACCUUGGAAAAAUGUUUACUACACAAAGGAAUUACAUUUUCUUUGAUUUUCUCCCAAAGGGAAAGAUGUUUCUGUUCUGUCAACACUGGGUACAUAUGAGGUACUUUGUAUCUACGGUCGUGGCCAAAAGUUUUGAGAAUGACAAAAAUAUUCAUUUUCACAAAGUCUGCUGCCUCAGUUUGUAUGA